AUGAGUCUUUUUGGGCGGAACCAUUUUUUGCUUUGCGUGCCUCUCACACGCGGCUACCACCACGGUCUUCAAUCGAUGUUGCCCCGCUUCACCGUCGGAAAGUCCAUGGUGAUUUCAGCUAUAACGACUGGGGCACGGUACUUUGCGCGUGUCUCUCCUGUUCAGGGGACGAUUGAGUCUCCCAAGGGCGGAUUUGUGACGGACGACGUGAAGAUUGACAUGAAUGCCAAUAUCGGUGGUGCCUACGCGCGUGGUGUGUUUGCGCGCCGUGAGAUAGGGUAUGGACGUGAGAUCAUGAACAUCCCUGCCUACGCCAUGUACAUUGGCGAGAAUGAAAACCAAACCCUUCGGGAGCAGGUGCUGAUUCUCACAAAAGAGGUGUUUUCAAAACUGGUGCUUGGAUCCCCCGAAGAGAAGCGGUACAUUAAACAACGCGUCAUGACACUCAUGUCUGGCGGCUUCUCAUACUUCACACGAGAAAAGGAUGUCUUUGAGUUCGUGGAAGACGUGCGGGCACCGGGUCCAGAGGGUGUUCUCACGAACGGGGCGAAUUAUCUUCUUAGCGGUGAGUUUUCCUCUUACGACUUGCAAAAGCUUCCACUUAUCAUUGAGUUUAAUCGCUACGACGUUGAAUACAACGGGCGACGUGGCAUUUGCCUGUUCCCGGAGGUGCAGUACUUUAACCACCAGUGUGAGCCUAACGUGGAGGUGACAAUUACGUACAAUAGUCUGAAGGGUAGAUUUUUCCUCAGUGCGCGAACCGUGCGGCCGGUGAGGGAGGGAGAGGAGCUGUUUGUUAACUACAUGCCUGGAAACACCCUCCCUUUGUCGCGGCUGGCGUUGGCGAUGAAAAAACGAUGGGGCUUUGAGUGCACCUGUGUGCGAUGCAAGAGCCGUGGCAUUGGCGCUGUGACAAUGCUUUUCGUCAUCGUAUUGCUUCCCAUGAUGACGUACCUCCGCUCCAUCAAUGUUCGUCGCACUAAGGAGAAGCAACGUGGACUCUGA